CAAUUAAAUGUUUUGUUAGAAAAUAAUAUAAUCUACACGUUCCUGAAUGACUAUUUUGUUCAAUACCUAAUCAGUACUUUUGAUAUGUGGAAGACAUAUGAGUGUAAAAAUUAUGAAUUAUAUUUGAAGUCCAAUAUCUUUGAUAUACAAUGACCAUCCGUCAUUAUAAAUCUGUUUUUUGUAGCUACUUAAGGACUGAUAUGUAUCUUCUUAUCUGUUAAUUUAUUUUACGUAAUCAAAGUCUGAAGGACUUAUAUAAAGAAUUACUUUUGGACUAAACUCAGUCCGAUUGUUUUAAAAUGCGGUCGGUAUUGGUUUUUGUUAUAUGCGUGUACAUCGGGCUGGCCGAUGCUCGACGGUCACCUCAUGCUGACUUCGUGGAGGAGUUAUUUAUGACGGGGCCACCAGGGAGCAGGAUUUCCAACAACAUAACUGAAGAUGCACUCCUAGAUAUUGUCGGGCUCAUCUCCAAAUAUCGUUAUCCAGUGGAAGUGCAUAAAGUGGUCACUGAAGAUGGAUAUAUUCUAGAAAUGCAAAGAAUACCACACGGCCGUGACCGCAACAACCAUCCCGAUCCGCGUAAACCAGUGGUGCUUGUAAUGCACGGACUAUGUGCAUCUGCUGCCGACUGGGUGCUCAUGGGGCCUGGAACAGCUUUAGCUUAUGAACUCGCCGAGCAAGGCUUCGACGUGUGGCUCGGAAACGCCCGAGGUACCUACUAUUCAAGAUUCCACACCACUCUAGAUCCUGACCGAAGCCGUGAGUUCUGGAAUUUCAGUUGGGAAGAAAUAGGUACCAGAGAUUUACCGGCUAUGAUUGACUAUGCUCUAAGAAUCACUGGAAAAAGACGUUUGCACUAUAUCGGCCAUUCUCAAGGAACUACAGUAUUCUGGACAAUGGGCUCUUUACGCCCAGCGUAUAAUGACAAGAUUAUUUCUAUGCAAGCUUUUGCUCCUGUAGCUUACCUAACGAACAAUCAAAAUCCAGCAUUUAUCGCAUUAGCCCAGCACGCCAAUAGCAUAGAGGCAGUCUCUAGCGUCCUCGGUGUUACUGAAAUUUUUGGAAGAUCUGAUUCUUUCACGAAUAUAGGAAAAAAAUUCUGUUCGGAUGACUCUCCAACACAAGCACUCUGUUCUAACAUGAUUUUCCUUAUCGCUGGAAGAAGUGAAGACAUGCAUAAUGCUACAAUGUUCCCGGUGAAGCUAGGUCACACCCCUGCUGGAAUUUCAGUGAAACAGCUGGUGCAUUACGGACAGCACAUACGCAAGGACUUCUUCAGGCGCUAUGACUAUGGGGCUUUAACAAACUGGAGAAUUUACAGGAGUCUGACUCCUCCAAGCUAUAACUUACGCAGAAUCACAGCUCCAGUUUUCUUGCACUAUGUAGAUGAUGAUGUGUUUGCACACGUUAGAGAUGUGACUCGACUCUUCAGAGAACUUGGUCGUCCCGUCGGAAUGUUCCGAGUCCCUCACGCGACGUUUAGUCAUCUUGAUUUCAUGUGGGGAACACAAGCGAAGAGAUUGUUGUAUUCUAGAACUAUUAAUUUAAUGAGAUCGCUCGGCGAUGAGUAAACCCAUUGGAAAAUUAUUUUUGAAUAUAAAAAAACUACCUGUUUGAAGUUGUUAAACCUGUUCAUGAAUUAAAUACUUGAGUACAUACUUAG